AUGACCACGAAGGAAGAUGUAACAACCUUCGAGGCAGCUUUGGAGAGAACUGGAAAUGGACUUUACAAUAUUUUGCUCGUGGCUACGUGCGGACUGAUACUCCUUGGUAUCGGUGCUGAUCUGUUUGGGUUCAGUCUCGUGGUAGCUGCUGCCUGCGACCUCAAUUUAUCAGUCAGUCAGAAAGGCAUUCUCACUUCAUUGCCCUUCAUUGGCAUUCUUCUCGUGUCGUAUCCGUGGGGUUACGUGGCAGAUACGCGCGGACGCCGGUUCGUUCUCAUAGUGUCUGUCCUGACGGCAUUUGUUUUGUCCUGCCUCGCUAGUCUUGCCACUAAUUGGAUACUACUCGGCCUGAUCAAGUUCGUGUCUGUUUGCUUCUCCUGCGCAGCAAACUCAGCAACGUACACACUAGUGGGGGAAUCCUGUAUUGCACGCGUUCGUAGCAAGUACAUGCUUAUAAUCACAUGCCUUAUUAUUGUCUCACCAGCAGUCGCAGCCAUACUUACAUACCCAACACUUCUGCUCUCGUUCAAGUGGAACAUACCAUUAUUGGGAAUUUCAUUCACACCGUGGCGAUUUUUAAACAUCGUUCUGGCAAUACCGGCUGGAUUAGGAGGGGUGGCCAUAUGCUUUUUUAACGAAUCACCAAAGUUCCUUGCAAAUUGUGGGCGGAAAGAGGAAGCAGUUUCUGUAUUGAAAUCGAUUUAUAGGAUAAAUCACGGAAAGAAUAAACAUGAUUUGCAGCUAUCAACCUUAGUGAUAGAGGAUGUCGCCUCAAAAACGGAUAAGUCUCUCUUCCGCGCCAUGCAAGAGCAAAGCUCCCCUCUAUUCAAGCCGCCUCUUCUAUUGCGGACCGUGCAACUUUACUUCAUUGUCUUCGUCGUGUACAUGACUAACAAUAGUUUCCUCGUGUGGCUCCCAUACAUUCUGAACCUUGUGAGAGCUUCCCUGGAAAAGACCAGCGAUUUUAACAAUCUCUGUGAGCUGAUAUCAACACAUACCAGCAAUCAAACCUAUAUGCAUGAUGAUAACUCGACUGAGGGUCCACCAUGUCUUGGCCACAUAGAGGAGAACAUAAUCUUCACUCUCGUCAUCUCACAGUUCACUUUCUCGUUCCUGAACUUCGUGAUAUCCUACCUGAUGAAAUGGAGACGGCUGGUUCUCCUAAGUAUAUUAAGCCUCUCAACCCUAAGUGGAUUGCUGAUCAGUUUUAUGCCAGAACCAAUAUCCAGUGUAGUAUUAUUUAUGAUGUUCACAUGUACCAAUUUGGGUAUGGGCAUUUUGGCAUCGUACUUCGUGGAUCUAUACCCUACGUCUUGUAGGGGAAUGGCCACCUGCCUCAGUAUAAUGGUUGGAAGAACCAGUAGUUUUAUUGGUAUCAAUAUCGUCGGGAACACAAUUUUUACACAUUGUGAAGUAACUUUCUACCUCUGGGCUCUAUUGGUCUUAAGUAGCGUUCUCGUGGCGUGGUUUCUUCCGCCAGACAAAGUCAAAGAAAUUCCUAGUUAA